CCGAUCGGCACUAAAUCUACAAAUUAUAGACGGUAUGAAUCGAAACAUAUUACAAAACCGCUGGUACGAGGAACAAUGGAGCGGAAUAGCGCGAGGGCGGAAGCGCACACGGCGCGACCGCCACCUGUGGAAGUAGCGGCGGCAGCACCAGCAUCAGCAUCACCGGCAGCGGGCCAGUCCGUUGUUUCGCUCCUCCAGCCACCAGCCAGUGAUAGGCGUCGCGAGGCGUUAUUUGCUCGACGCGCGUUCUCUCUAUCGCCCGGAAAAAGAUCGCGGUCUAUCCGGAAAACCGAAAUCGUACGCCGACAGGUGCUUCCCGGAGUUUUCGUGCCCAGUGCUCUCCAAAGGCGUUGCAAGGAUUUUUUUUCAAAAUAA